UGCAUAUCCUUCGUAGUAUCAUCGCCAUCGCUGUUAAUUUUUGAAGUUUUAUUUGUGCGUGAGAAUUAUUCUCACAUUUUAAUAAAAUGCUGAAAUUAUACACCACCGACAAAAAUUAUUUUACAAAGAACAAAUCUACUCAUUUAUAAAAAAUUGCUCACGUCCGAAGUCUUCGUGGACGAGGGUUUGAAAAUAAUAUUUUUCCAAAGCAGAUGCUUUUAUUAAGAUUAUCUAUUAAAAUUUAUGAUUUACUAGGUGUUUAUUUAAGAACAACAGUGCAAAAAUGAUUGCUAAUGCUGAAGAUGAUAAAGAUCCCCAGAAGGCAGUUCCUUUGGAUCUUGCUCGCAAUCCAAUUGCCACUAUCCGAACUGUAGAGAGCAAGGCUCCGCUUGUCAUGACUAGUCAGUCCUUAAGGGGCAUGAGGGUGUUAACUACUCAAGGAGUUUCCAGCUCGAAUCCCACUUCUCUGGGUGGCCAAACGAUUAUUACCACAAAUCUGGUACAAGCUGUUCUUAAGCCAGAUUCAAACAGAGCUCAAAACGCCAGUAUAAUAACAAGCAGCACUUCCCAACCCCAAGUCAGUGGUAAUUUAUCCAGACCAACACAAAUAACACUUUCAACAGCCCCAUUGCUCGCUCAGACCACAGUAGGAACUACAUAUCAUGUGCCAAGAGGACCCGCUGUCGUAGCAAACUUGGCGGCUCCCAGGAGUAAUGUUACUACUGUCAGAGCACCAAUGGUGGUUACUGCGCAAAGUGGGCAGCCCCACGCGUUUGUAAGGCCUCCUCGAACACCAAGCCCAGCGCAGGGUACUGCCUGGUUGACCAACUCUUCCAAUGGGUCCCAGAUUAAAGGAGCUCCGACUGUGCUUAGCUCGCCGGUUAGGGGCGCUACCGUCACUGGAAAACCCCAAAUUAUAGGUCGGACGCAGGCCCAGACCGUUUCCGCCAUUCGUCCAGGGACUAUUUUGCAAAGUGCUAUUACCAUAGGCCAAUCAGGACAGAUACAUUCUUUUAAGCCUGGAGCGACGGGCAUACAGGCAUUAGGAAACACCGUGACGAUAGCUCAAGUGCUGCCAUCCCGUACACAGGCUGUGGUGUACAGUACCAACACCAGUGCGCAAUUCACGCCCACCGCUAGAAUUACAGUUGCUAGUAGUGUUCCUAAUCAGAGGCAGGCCCAAGCUAGGCCCAUGGGGCAGGUAACUACGGCUCGCCUCACCGUUCCGGUAAACGUCUCCCAAUCAGGAGCCCGCCUCGUUGCUCCUCAAGCAGCGGUACUCACUUCCGGUACCAGAAUAUCCACCGUAUCUUCUCAACAGCAACCGGCUGUCCUCGGAUCGACCGGCGCUAGGAUCGUUUCCACUCAACCCAACGCGACUAUCGGUAGGUUGUCUGUUGCGAGUCCAGCUUCGGUUUCCAGUACAAACCUAUUGGGACAAACCAGGAUAUCGACUUUGAACCUGCAUUCUCUGGUUGCCGUGGCAAAUACUUCGCAGGCCCGGAAUAUCCAGACGCAGGGACCUAAGGUCAUCGCACAACCUCCGCAAGGUACCAUACAUUUGACUCCGAAUUCUGCUAUUAAAACUACUUCCAGUGUCGUUUCAACUACUACCAGAACAAUUAGCGUACCGGCUGCCAUAGUGACCCAGCAGAGGCAGGCAACAGUGGUGCCUCCCCAAGCCAUAUCGAUUGCCAAAGUUUUCCCUCAGUCCGAAAGCCAAGUGACCACUGGGGCCGCCGCCAACGUUUAUAUACACACGCCCGUUCAAUCUGCACCUAGAAGAUCGUCACCAAGUCCCAUCACAACUACCGUGAGCCAGACCAGCAGUACGGCUACAACUACCACUGUCGCCACUUAUUCUCUUGCUAGCGGUACAUACUUCUACGACACCUCCGCGGGAAAUUAUUCCGUCAACAGACCAUUUAGUCAGCAGCAGCAGGCACCCUUUACCGCCCUGGGCCAGGCCCAGCAGCAGAUCAGGCCCGCUGCCAAUGCGGUGCACGGCAUCGUAAACCAGCAAAUGAGAUUCAAUCCCGUCAUGGUGGUGGAACCGAACCGUUCUCAGCAAUUCACCCACCACGCGGCCGAGGCCGCGCAGGAGCAGCAGCCACAGACGCAACCGAAAGUGACCUCCUCUCCUAGGCCGAGCAUUCUGAGGAAGAGGGAUCAUGAUGGUUCUCCCCUCAAAGCGGCCAAGAGCCUAGCUCCCGCGCUGAAUGCCACGCCCGUGCAAUCGCAAGCACCCGUGUCUCCGCCUUCUAGGCCAGAUUCGAACGGGCACAGUUCCGGUGGCAGUACUACGAUAUCGGCAACUUCCAGUCCCGGACUGGCCGAGGUUAACGACGACAGCAAUCCUCAUGCCCCGAUGAACAAUAAAGAGGAGGAGGAGGUGAAACCUCCCGUCGAGAUGAGCCCCAGGAAAAAGCCCAGAAAGCAGCAACUAACCGGCAACGAUUUGGACGAGCACAACGACGACAUGCAGUUCAUAUCCGAGAAUACGGUGAAGAAGGAGGAGGACUCGGAGGGGAACCACUCGGACGAGCCAAGAGACGGCGCCCCGGAAGCCGGUCAGAUCACCACCGUCAGGAAGCCGGCGUCCGCCAGCCUCCUGAACAGCUACCGGCACAACUGGAAGGCCAACCACAACCACUACCUGCGUCACUCGGACGUCCGGCCCAAGGACGAGCGGCGGCCCACCAUCAUGGAUCUCGCCAAUCAGCAUAAGGUGCAGGAGAAGGUGAACGGCUGGAAGAUUUUCCAUCUAUCGACGCAGAUGGAGGACUUGGCCGAGCAAGAGGAAAGGGUGUAUAAUCAGUUGACGGAACUGCUGAAGUGCACCGAGUCGGAGGAGAGGUGUAAGCAGUUCGAUAAGGAGGUAAAUAGCAUCAACGAGCUUAUCAAGGGUAACCUGCAGAGAAUCAAAAUCAUCAACGAUGGCAUGAUAGACGCGAAGGCUCAAGUGAUGAAGAUGUUCGAUCACAAAGUACACGUGAUGGACAUCAUAAACCGAUGUGCCAGUAAACGUAAUUUUAAGAAGCGUGAAAAGUCUUGAAUCAAUUUUACGGUGUAAUAAUUAGCGUAGGUCCCACAUAAUUUUUAUAUACUUGACAUUGUAUGUUUUUAUAAUAUUUUGUAAAUCAUUUUCACAGAAUUUAUUUAUCAAAUAUAUUGUAAAUCCUAAUUAUUUACUGAAGAAUCUGUUGAAAAUAGUUAAAUAAAUAUUUUUCACAAAAUGUUCUCCGCAUUAUUCGGUUGGUGGGUGAUCCGCUAUUCUUUGACGUAACAUGAAAAAUUGUACAAAAUUUUUUAAUUUUUCUUUCCCUCCAU